CACACGACAUCAUCGAUUUGGAAGGCUGCCUAGCCCAACGACCACACGGGAAACCUCCAGAAUCUCAAGAUCCAAGCCCUUUCACAUCUUUCUCUGCCAACCGUAUCCUGCAUGGACUCACAAUCUGUUUCUUUUCUUUCUUCGCCCAAGCCAUUCUUCCUCUCUUUCUCUGCCGACCUCUUGUACUUGCUCCGAUGUUUGAUUAAGAUUCUGUCACAAUCAUGGAGCACUCGCUUUUCCACCAUUUUGCGCUGCCGCAAAACAUCCCUCAUUCUGAGGAUGCCAACCUUGACGAUGUCGAGACACACCUGGCCAACCAUCUCCUGGCCGCGACCCGCACGAUUGAGGGCUGUGUCGGGGACCAACCGAACUUGUGGUUGGACUGGAAGUCUACGACUGUAUGGGGAUCCAUUCGACAGAGUUUGGCCACAUCCAGAUCAGUGAAUCGCGGGGGAAGGGUGAACCAGAUGAGAUUGUUGUGGGCAUUGGCGUCGAUGACGCCGUCGGACAUUGUGCUCCUUCAUAUCCGGAGCCAAAAUGCGGCUGUUUUGAUACACCGACUUUCUAGCUCAACUAGCGAGGUUGUCUUCGAAGUGUUUGAGGCCUCGCCGAGAAACGAAGAUGUGCUCGCUGCGGAGAACGCCCUCCAGUGGGAUUUCCCCGGCACUGCUGUCGCCAUCCCGCUCGCCACAUUCAACGACGAGGAGUUCCAGGCCAGCCUGGCCAGCUUCCUGGAGCAAGCGUCGAUCGAGUCUACCAAGGCUUUUGCGGGGCACACUUUCAAGGCCGGCGUCGACGUUCACGAGAAUCGAGACACGGCAAGCCCCACAAUUAUCAGCUCCCUGCUGAUGGCAGUUCUCGGGGAGAACGGCCGGCGGAUCUCUACACCGUUGCUUCGGAAGCGAGUGCGCGACGACAUUUGCUGGUCGAGCGGUAGGCCUUGGCGCCGCUCUCCUUACUGGCUCUCCCUGAGAGUUGCCGUUGCCCGUUACUUGUUGCUCGCCCUGGGGCCAGAUCUGGGUCGAUUUGCCUACAAGUUCCUCCUAUGCGUCUGCCUGGCGAGGUUCAUGGAUUCGACCCAACCUUCACUACAGGUUGAUGAACUCCAUUUCCUCAAGGCUAAACUUUCGCGCCGGUUGGCUAAGCUGGAUGUUGAGAGAGACCGCGUACAAGAUCAGGACUUGCUGGCAAAGGUCGAAUUGCUCUUUGAGCAUCUUACCCCAGGAAUCAACGCCGCCAUCCACGGUGCCGUCCAGCGCGUGGAAAGUGAGUGGGAGCAAUGGAAACAGAGUUCCAUCAAGCCCAUCCCGCCGCUGCCCAAGAGAGCCUGGUCGCGGGAUACUCAACUCGAACUGCGCAAUAGUGGCGAGCGACUGCGGGAGAUCCGGGCCAAAUGGCAGAGAACGAUGGGAGGACGUCAGCGGAGAUGGGUAGCUCCGGCCAAGUUCGAUUUCUCAUCUGCAGGGAAUGCGGAGUUGGCCGGUUUCGCGAAACCUCUUUUCGAGAUCACCGAACUAGAGGACCUAGUUCACGAAGAUUAUCUGCGACUUGAGGCUCCCGAUCCGUCUCCGCGCAUACAUCGCCUCAUUGCGCGCGGCCUACCGCUGUAUCAAGGCAAUGCAGCGCAAAUGAGCCUUCUAAUUCUGAACGUCAUGGAGCUCUGGGUCACGAGAGACGAGCAGAUGUGCAGAAUGUAUCCUCUUCUUCGACAAUACGAUCCCGUCUUCACACCCGAAAUCCUGGAUGUUCUUCACCUGGCCCGCUACGAAGACAUGGUGCGCCUGCAGACCAUCCAGACGUACCUCCAAAAGCGCAUCACGGCAUGCCAGGGUUCGAAGACCGUCUUCGACGACCCCACCGAGGACUGUUUCGCGCGGAGGUACUACGACGAAGGUCCCGCGGAUGAGGUCGAGCGGAUGCGUGCUCUGCGCCGCGACAUUGAAGAGUCGGCAAGAAAGAAGAAACAGUCCAAGAUGGAAGAGUGGAUACAGAAGAGCACCACCUACGAGACAUUGACUAGGCAGAUCGAUGCUUCCUCAUGCAUCCCCACGGUUGACGAGAACCAUCCGCUAGGAACGGAAGAGCAUGUUGAAAGCCGCUGUCCCAGAUGUCAGGCGAUACGGAGACUAAACCAACUGCGCAUUCAGAUCUAUGAGCACUUGCUUCCACACCAGGAUUUCAUGGCCAAAGCGGUUGUGUUUGAGUUAAUGUGUCCCCCGGCUUUCGCCGCCUACCGCGACACGACCUGGAUGGUCCUGUCGCGGCUUGCUUGCCCGGCCCCGCCGCUUGCCAGCACUCUGCCGCGGUGUACUCUUCAUGAGUAUUCUCAACUUGAGCAGUUCGCCGAUAGCACACAGCCUUCCUUCACCCUUGCGUCCUUUACAAAGUCAUUUCUGAGAACUCAUUAUGCAUACGUCCCAUUUCCCGUAGAGUGGGAAAGCGGUCGUGAUGGAGUCUGUAAGCCCAACGGACUGAAACUGGCGUACUUUGACUCGCGCAGCCGGAUCUGGACCGGGCGAGCGCAUCUCCGGCCAAGCUUCGCCCACCAUGUCCAGCUCCAACUGCCACCAAACUCCCCAUUCCGGCCGCUCCUCAGUGACGGGAGCUUUACCGUAAGGGAUGACGGCCCUUCGUCGUACGAAAUCAUGGCCACUCAGAUGAACUGUCCCUCGGGAUUGAACCCGCACGAGUCCCUUGCGUUCAAGACGCUGCUGUCGGGCACCGCUCGGCGCUGGAUAUCGAUCCUGGUGGAACUGGGAUCUACCAACCUGAACUGGUCGAGCGAGACCACUAUGGCCCUCCUCAACCAUCUUGCGCUGCAAUGUGGCCCGCCUUGCGGCGGGGACGAUCCUUUGAAAUUACACCGGAUUUUCCGCGACACCCAAUUCGUCGAGAAGCUACUCGCCCAGGUGAACUCCCGACUCUCAACCCUUGCUGCUCUGUCGAGCUGGAGAGAAGCUCAUCUCAUGGGAUCCAUGAUCACAUUGGCACUGCGCACUCUUGACCUGGCCCACGCGGCUUGCCUGCCAAAGGCGAUAUGCCAGGCCGCGCUUGCUUCCGUACUCCAAGCCCGCGAAAUCUGCCUUCGAUGGUUCACGCUCCUUCGAGAGGAGAUCCAGAAGUCGCCUGACGCGACCACGGCGCAGCAGUUGCAGCAACGUGCUUUGGCGGCAGCUCUACUGUGCCGGCGCACAUUUGCCAUCCACCUAGAGCAGUCUGUCCCCUUCGAUGUCGACUCGCUUGUGGCUUACCUCGAGAGUGCCAUCGUCAUCCAAGAGAACAUGGUGAGCAAGAUCGACUCACUGCCGAGAACACUGCACCAGGACCUAGUCGCGGCAGUCAAGCUUGCAUACCGUCUGCAGGAUCUCGUUUCUACCUCAAUUUGCGAGCGUUCCGAGGGGCUCAGCAGGGCUUUGAGACAGUUCUGGCCUGAUUCAGAGCGAAUAGAGUCUGGGAAUUCGACUGUCACCCUUGAGCAACCCGGAUGGCUGUGCUGCGAUAUUGCCGAGACGGAGACCGAGAGCCGUCAAGUGGUCCAUUUUAACUUCCUCCUUGGAACUCUUCUCGUGAAUGGGAAACCUGUCGGUAAACUCCCGCAGGACACGCAUAACUCGAUGGUCAUCAGGGAGCUUUUUGGUGACCAGCCGCUUUGGGUAUUCCAGUCACCAGUCCAGGGAAUGUCAUACACUCUUACCUAUCGACCGAACGGCCUUAUUAUCCACGUCGGAUACGAAGGACGCGAAACAGUGAUAUUGGCCAGAGCACCAGCGACACAUGGCAACUUCCGCUUCAUUCCCCGGACAUACUUUCAGCGCGAAAAGACCUGCGAUCUCCCAGGCCCGCUGAUGCAAAGGAUUCACUGGCUCAACUUGGACACUGGAGACGUUUACAUCGUGCCUCAUGCUAGCCGCUGGACAAUGCGCAACCCCUGGCAGGUCUGGACCCUCAACCUCGACAAACGUAGUUGCUGGAAGAUGCGAGAUACCCAGUAUCGCGAGGAUAUCAUCGAGCCUUUCACUCCCCUCUUCCGGCGGGUUUCGAGGAUUCUGGAAGGCCUGGCACCGCCGGACUGGCUGCUUGUCACCCAACCUGCCAAGCCUGGAAGCGGCCUGGAAGUCCACAUCGUACCGAUGCAACUCAUGUUCUUCGUCCGCAAUAACCAGCUCCUGUAUUCACCGCAGCUGAACCUCGAGAUCGACCCGAACCAAGACGCCGGAACGUGGUAUGGCCUGCUAAGCAAGCUGGUAUGCCGCAAGGUUGACAACCCCUUUCGACGAACGGUUCUAGUUCCAUUGGGCGCAUUGUCCACCAAGAGAUGGGGUUGCCACGUCGUUGUCAAGAUUGGGAGCAACAGCGACUAUGGGAAAUUUCCCAUCAACGACACGCUCGGGAGGAUCGACUGCGCCGCAGAACCGGCAUUGGUCUACGCCAAGGCUCUUCUGCAUGCAUACACGUCGUUCCUGCUUCCCGACCCCUUGACAGGUCGGACCGGAAUAGAGGAGAGUCUCCAUUGGCUGCGGUCCGGCAUCUGCCACCCAUGGGAAGUCCUUCGACCCGAUUCUCUGGCGGCGUCGAUGUUGUCUCAGAUCGCAAGCUUGACGCCCGUUCGAGAAUACUAUCCCCCGGGGCGCAAGGUGAUGAAGACGGAUCGGUGGGGCAGAAGCCUCACAACCCACAUGCAACAUCCGCUUUUCCGACAGGCCGUCGAAGAGAUCUUGGCAAUCUCCGAGGAGCUGAGUACAUUUGCCGCCAUCCGGGGUACCAACGAAAGUACUACUCUAUCCGACCGCCUUCCGCCUUCGGGAGAAGCACACCUCACUCGAAGGGCUUUGGUACGUCGCGGGCUCUAUGAGAGAAGGCUCGCCGACGCCAAUGAUGAACCGAUGCGCGAGGUGAGCGACAAAGUGUACCUGUCCCGGGAUAGGCCAUCAGCGUCCGAUGCUCGAUGUGCAAGGGUCAUGGAAACCACCCAUCUACUGCGAACAAAGCCGGACACGUUCAGAACGCCGCAUAACCUGGCUACCAUUCUCGCCCAGGGAAACAACAUUGGCGGCUAUGGCACCGAAUACCGGACCGUGGCUCUCAACGACCGAAUGCGUGUCGACAUUCGAGAGAACUGGGGCUCGCUUGUGGAAUAUUGUCGCCACGGGCGGUCGUCGUACAGCGUCAUGUUCCUCUUGGCGACGUUAUCAUUUCGCGAAAACUUCGAUGAGGCGCUUCUCAUGGCGCUUCUCAAAGCACUCGUGGCAUUCGCCGUCUUCGACGAGCUUCAGUCUUUGACUUUCCCGCGCUGGGAUUCGUACUUCAACUUCCGCCCGGACGGUGAGCCGCGACUAGACGACGUUGUCAAGUUGAUCAGCCCUUUCCGGACCCCGGCGCCUAAAGACGAUGGAGAAGAGCUCGGCCAGUUGAUGAACGCCAAACAGCGUCGCAAAAUUAAAGAGGCCAAGGAAGCGUUUGAGAUGAAAAGCGAAGAACAUUGUCGAUACCUCGCCAAGUUUUUUCUUGCUCAGUGGCCAUGUCGCGAGCCAGACAUCUCGACACUCCCUCAUAAUGAUCUUCUGGUAGACACCAGGGCUGCGCUCGAGGUUGUCAGACCGGAGUGGCUGCGACUGUUCCAGAAUAAAGAGCUUGCCACUCAUUUGAAGCAUGUUCAGCAGAUUCUAGACCAGCAUCGAUCGAAUUUUGAGUUCAACAUCCCGCAGGUCGUCACCUGCGAAGAGGUAUUUCCACCCCCAAACUAUUGCCGAGCAGCUGCGGUCCCCAGGUUGGAAUCAGAUCUCCUCGCGAAGCCGCUCGAUCCAUCUGAUCUGUUUGUUGUACGCGCGGGGCAUCGACUCUCCGGAUGGUGUCCGCUAGCUAGCAUCCCGAAAGAUGGCCGCCAGUCUUCGACGCGCACUGGCAAUCGUCAGGCCGUUGCCAGCAACGCUCAGCCGCGUGUCUCUCUCCACGAGACAGCGAGAUACAUGGAAGAGUUACAGCAGAUCAUUGACAGUCUCGGAAAGAGCAAGUCUUUGGUGCGCAAGAACUAUGCUCGUGACCUCUCACAAAGCCUCGAGGCGUUCAGAAACCUCCGGACACCCCAGCAGCUCGCAAAUCCGUUCCUCUAUCUGCGUGACAACUCAGCGUCGGGGUCGGAAGUCUUGCGUACCUUUCUAUCCGUGAAGUACUCUCUGGAGAGGCAGACGGAGGGAAUGUCUGCGCGGCGGAUCGAGUGGCUUAAGCUGGGAGGACUAUGGCCGGCCGUCACGACAGUCACCCUCCUGGAGCAGCUGCGGUCCACGGCAAGCCCGCGUUUCGGCACCGGCAUGCGAGCCGCUCUCAUCUCGUUCGGACUGGCCAUCACCAGGCUCCAACGGGACGAGCGGCUGAACGACUGCGUCUUGGCCGGCGACACAUCGCGCUUUCAAGACGAGGAAUCCAACAUUGGACACACCAACUGGAACGUCGAGGACCACGCCGACUGGCUGCUGCUAGAGCUCGAAUCGAAUUUGCUAAUCCGGCCGACUCAGGUUGACGUAGCGCGGGCGACCAUCUCGCCUGCCUCGGGCGCAAACUCAGUCCUGCAGAUGAACAUGGGACAGGGCAAGACGUCGUGCAUCAUACCCAUGGUUGCUGCGUCCAUGGCGGACAGGAAGAGCCUUGUGCGCGUCAUUGUCCCGAAGGCGCUUCUCCUACAGACGGCACAGCUACUACAGUCCCGUCUCGGCGGCAUAUUAAACCGUUGCGUUACUCACAUUCCAUUCUCCCGGCGAACGGCAACGCACGGGGACAGCAUUCGACGGUACUACGAAUUGCAUAAACGCACGUGCAAGACCGCCGGCGUGAUGCUCUGUCUCCCUGAACACAACCUCUCCUUCAUGCUGAGCGGGCAGCAGCGGAUCCUGGACGACAAGAUCGACGAGGCAACGCCGAUGGUCAAAAUCCAGGCUUGGCUGAGAUCGGUCUGCCGUGACAUCCUGGAUGAGUCGGACUACACGCUGGCCGCGCGCACGCAGCUCAUUUAUCCAUCGGGGUCGCAGAUGGCGGUGGACGGUCAUCCGCACCGCUGGCUCGUCAUUGAAGCGGUCCUCAGUCUCGUGGAGGAGCAACUCUAUGGCUUGAGAAACUCAUACCCGCACUCCAUCGAAGUCGUCACGCGACAGAGCGGCGGCUUCCCGUUCAUCUACUUCCUCCGACAGGAUGUGGAAGACGAGCUGCUCCGCCGGCUCGCAACAGCGAUCAGCAAAGGCGCCGGCAAUAUCCUUCCUGUGAGCUCGUUUGACGCCCGGCAGCGCGGCGCUAUCAAGGACUUCCUCUCGCCCUGUACCCGCCGACUGAAGCCCUCCACACUAGAGAGAAUCCGCGGUUUGCAGCCGGACAGGCCGCAGGUCAAACAGACCGUGUACCUGCUCCGAGGGCUGCUCGUCCAUCGCAUCUUGAUCAUGACGCUCAAGAAGCGAUGGAACGUACAAUACGGCCUGCGUCCGAACUCGGAUCCGGUCGCCGUCCCAUACCAUGCGAAAGGCGUGCCCAGCGAACAGUCGGAAUGGGGCCAUCCCGACGUCUCCAUCCUCUUUACCUGCCUAACCUUCUACUACGACGGUCUGCAGGAGGAACAGCUGCGUCAGGCGCUCGCUCGCGUCCUCAAGUCUGACGACCCGUCGACCGAGUACGACAAGUGGGUGCAGAACUCGGAGAGCCUUCCCGCGUCGCUACGCGCGUGGAACACGAUAAACGUUGAAGACGAGGGACAGGUGCACGAUAUCUGGCAAGCCGUGCGUUACCGGGUGGUGGUCAUCGAUUACUUCCUCAACAACUUUGUCUUUCCGCGGCACGCCAAGCAGUUCAAGGUCAAGCUGCAGUCCAGCGGGUGGGACAUUCCGCUGUUCUCCGCGCAGCCAACGAAACGGGAGCCGCGGUCGCUCACGACGGGCUUCAGCGGCACAAAUGACAACCGGACCAUGUUGCCGCUCACGAUCCAGCAGUCAGAUCUGCCCACGCUAUCCCACACCAACGCAGAGGUCCUGACGUAUCUUCUCCACGACCGCUCCCGCAAGUGUGCCAUCAUUACCGACGUGCGAGGCGGCAGAGCCACGGAGCGGGACCUGCUACACAUGUUGAAGGAGCGGAAGAUAGGGAUCCUCAUCGACGCAGGGGCGCAGAUCCUCGAGAUGGACAACCAGUCGCUGGUCAAGGCGUGGCUCGCUAUCGACAAGUCGCGUGACGCUGCGCUGUAUUUCGACUCUGACAACAAGCCCUGGGUUAUCACCAAGACAAACCGCAAGACGCCCCUGCUCGCGUCUCCCUAUGCGGAUGAUCUGACCAAGUGUCUCGUUUAUCUCGACGAGGCUCACACCCGCGGAACCGACCUCAAACUCCCGCUCAACGCUCGCGGGGCACUCACCGUGGGACAAGGCCAGUCCAAAGAUCAUACCGUUCAAGCCGCGAUGCGAUUGCGCCAACUCGGAACCAGCCAGUCCAUAACCUUCUUUAUUCCGCCCGAGGUACAGCAGGUCAUCGCUGACCUUCAAAGGAAACCCAUCAGCGAGCCCAUCGACUCCCAUGAUGUUAUUUGCUGGUUGCUGGACAACACGUGCGAGGGCAUCGAGCAGCUGCAGCCUUUGUUGUACGCCCAAGGCAUCGACUUCUGCCGCCGAACGCAGGCGGCUAUCGAGUUCCCCGACUUCCUGACCGACCCCGACCAUCGCGCGAAAUAUGUGGCGUAUAUCAGACAGACCGAGCUCCAGACGCUGCAGGAGAUGUACGAGCCAAAGGCAAAGGGGGGCAAGCACGCGGAACUCAAAUUGCCGCAUCCCAGCGUGGCCGCCUUCCUGGAAGAGCUCAACGUUCGUCGGAAGGGCUUCCAGGACACCGGGCGCGCUGUACAUGGUUCGGCGCUUCAAGAGGUGGAACAAGAGCGUGAAGUCGCCUUCGAAGUCGAGGCGAUCCGCCAGGUGAAGAAGCCGGUUCGGUACGACCCCCUAUCGUAUCCCGGGCUCCACCGCGACAUCGAGAUAUUUGCGCGCAAUGGCCGACUGCCUCCCGACAGCCAUUCUAUCUCGCAUGUCUUCAGGUUCAUAGCGACGACUGCGCUGGGACGGAAGCACAAGGUGUCGUGGAGGGGAAGACACGCACACUCCAAGCUGUUCGUCUCGGCCGAGUUUGGCCGGACGGUGAAGCUGUACACCCAUCUGGCGCCAGACAACUUCUUGCGCCCCGUCAGUUGGAUCCUUUGGAGCGAGCUCACCGAGACAGCCAUCAUCCUCAUCCCGGAGGAGGCGGAGCACAUUAUCCAAAUGAUGCACGCUGAGAAAACACACCCUAAGAUAUCUCUCAUCACCUAUGCCUCCCCGGUCACGCGCAAAAUGUUGGCCUUCGACAACCUGACCUUCUUCAGCAUGCCUGCGCUGCCGCAGGGGUGGGUGGCACCCCAGUGGCUCAAGACAGAGCUGGGCCUGCUCGCCGGCAGACUGUACUUUGAAUGGCACGAGUAUGACGCGCUGUGCAAGUUCCUGGGAAUAACGGAGGGGAGCUCCAGCGGUAGCGACGAAGAGACCGACGACGUCUCUGUGGAUGAUGAUGAGUAUUCUGAUGAUGAGAUCGAAGAUGUCGAUGACGACUUGCCGGUUAAGAACGAAGAGAACGGGCACACUAUCACCACCACCACCAAGUCCAGUUCUUCCUUUUCACCCCGGCCUCUGACAUUCCUACAAGAGUGGCUGGCCAUCCGCCGGCACGGGCAGGACUUUGCCCACACCCCCAUGGGCUUCCUCGCACAGGGGAAGCCGCUGCAGGCGAACCACCCUUUCUUCGGCGGCGACGAAGAGGCUUCGGCGCCUGUUCAGAAUGGCGACAUCAACGGCCUUCCUCGUCAGGCUGGCACCAUCAGCGGGGGCUGGAGAGAAGAGAAGAGGGCUCGGGAUGGCGAUGAAAUUGAAGAGGGAGCCGUCGUCUUUGAUGGUGUGGAUGAUAUGGGCGCUAAUGUGGGAGGAGAAGGGGAGGAAGAACAGGGCGAGGAGGUGGUGUACGACGACAGUGAGUAUGACAGCGAGUACUAUACGGAUGUGUACUCAGAGGAGGAUUUAGAGGAGGAGUAAUGCGUGCUCAGCGCUGUCCGGAAAAUGGGUAAAUGCCCUGUUAUAGUAGCCAUGUACGACCAAGUUACAACCAAUGUGGAGAUAGCUGAUUUGAGAGAAUCUAAUGUUUGG